AUGCGCCCUGGGGAAGCCGGGGGCAGGAUUAACCUAAUGAUAGCCUUGAACCUGAGCGAACGGAAGGAGCUGCACAUCUGCUGUGGGCUUCCUUCACUCACCUGCCCAGCCAUGGAUACCUCCCUGCAUGCCACGCUCGGCCUUGUGCUCGUCUGCUGCCUCUGGGGCGCAUGGGCCCAGACCAAGAUCGAAGUUACCAAUGGAGGAAUAUGGGGCUCGUGGGGCGAGGAAGAGUCCUGCCCCGACAAGAGCUUCGCCAUUGGAUUCUCCCUGAAGGUGGAGCUGCCCCAGCUCUCUGGGGACGACAUGGCGCUAAACGGGAUCCGGCUGCUCUGCUCUGAUGGCAGAACCAUCCAGUCCGACACCAGGAUUGAAGUUACCAAUGGAGGAAUAUGGGGCAAGUGGGGCGAGGAAGAGUCCUGCCCCGACAAGAGCUUCGCCAUUGGAUUCUCCCUGAAGGUGGAGCUGCCCCAGCUCUCUGGGGACGACAUGGCUCUAAACGGGAUCCGGCUGCUCUGCUCCGAUGGCAGAACCAUCCAGUCCAAUGUGGGGCCGUGGGGCUCCUGGGGCCCAGUGAUGAAAUGCCCCUCGGGGCAGCGUCUGACCCAGUUCCGGCUGCGGGUGGAGCCGAGCCAGGGCUUCAAGGACGACACGGCUGCCGACAACAUCAAGUUCGUCUGCACGGGUGGGGCGGAGCUGCGGGGGCACGGGCGGUGCUGGGGCAAGUGGGGCCCCCAGAGCUGCUCCUGCGGCCAGCGGGGCAUCUGCCCCAUCGCCACCAAGGUGGAGGCCGCCCAGGGCAAGGGGGGUGACAUGGCCCUGAACGACGUCUACUUCAGAUGCUGCAUAAACGACUUACUGGGGACCUGA